CCUAUCUACAUAUGGUGAAUGCGAUUGGCCAAUGCAUGGCCUAAGUUACUGAGCACAGUAAAAAGGCAUAUCUAUAGGGAAGUACAUGUAUUUCUUGAAGACAGCAGUACAUAUAGGUGGCGUGACAGUUUGUGUUCGCUGUGGAUAGCGUCAUUCAGUUUGUUGGGGUUGUUGCAUCUGCACAGUCCUGGUUUUUCCCUCUUUGAGCGAAGUGGAUACUGGUCAAUAUGAAGUACUCCAUGCACCAACAGUACUAUGACGGUAGUUUACCGGGAAGUAUUUGCACCAUGACAGAGGAGUAUAACAGUGGUACUACGGCUGUUGGUUACUGCAUUGGUGGGCAGGGGGUUGAGGCUUGUGUUCCCCACGGUGGAAUGUUUAUUCACGAUGGCAUAAUGACUCCAGCGCUGUCCUCUAGUCGCAAGAUUCUCUGCCAAGUCUGUGGAGCCCUGUCUUCUGGUCUUCACUUUGGCGUCUUCACUUGUGAAGGAUGCAAAUGUUUCUACCGUCGAAGUAUCAAGGAAGGUGCUAAUUAUGCAUGUGCAAAAGAUCGUAAUUGUGACAUCACCAUGGAGACACGCAACUCUUGCCGCUUCUGUCGUUUUCAGAAGUGUCUUGCAUUGGGCAUGUCAAAAGAAGGAAUCAAAUUAGGACGUCGUCCAAAAGUAGACAGUGAUGUGUUUCAGCAGGGCUUCUACCAUGCAGGAGAAAUGGACAUGUUGCACAGUCAUGGCCAGCAGACCUAUUCCUGGCCAGGAACUGACCACCUGGAUGCUCACUUUUCGGCUACUUUCAAAUCAGAACCCGCAUUCAUUGACCUUGACGGUCGGGUAAAGGACGGUUAUGGCGAACAGCCUGUGAUGAAUUAUUCAAUGAAACGUGAGGCCUACACAACGUGCGACCAGCACAAUGGCCUGCAUUACCCGCACCAAGGGAGCUAUUUAAUGCCUGGCCAGCAGCACAGUUCGAACACCGGCGUGGCCAGCCCCGGACGGGAUCAAUAUGAACAGGCUUAUGGCUCACCCAUGGAAUCUGCCAUUCAUGCACAGCAGCAGCACAUGUACCUUCCCCCUGACGUCCCGUCACACCCUCACCACAGCACCCCAAUGUCCAACCCGGUGCCCAUCCUGCACAAUCCAACGCCCCACCCGCCCUCCGCCCAGUCUCGGAUCGAGCAUGGGGCUGCCCGCAGCUGGACGGCUGAGUUGAGCCCAACCAGCAGCAUGUCGUCCGGCAGUGAGGAAGCCUGGGAAGGGACUGUAUACCAGGCUAAUCACCCCUCCUCAGUUACCCUGACUCUGCCCGAGGUGCACAGCGGGGCCGUGGCAGCCAUGGCUUAUGCCAACCUCUACCGAGGGAAAACGGACAGCCCCUCUUCCACUUCCUCCUCAAUAUCCACGUCAGAGCGCUCUAAGGAAGACGAAAAUGCAGUGCUGAAGAAACCAUCUGAAAUGAGUUUCUCACUUGCCAGUGAGACAGAGCGGGGCUCCCGCAGCUACACGGAACUGGUGCCCAGGAAAAAUAACCAGAAAAUUGACUCGGUAAUGCAGUCUGUCGGCGAGAGACAUGAAAGUUAUGCUAAUAAACUGCAAGCCAUGCAGACUUCUAUGGCAUUGUCACCCAAGCCUGCAUCACCGGCUUGCGGCAGUAGAAAUGACAAUAAUUAUAAUAAGAAUGAGGCAUGGGUCGGUCAUCCUGACGGGAGACAGCAGUCAGGGAUGAACAGAGGAGGCUCAGGUGCCUUUUCAAAUCUCUCCCAUCCUGGCGGACUUCUUAAGAAGGGAGAGAACAAAGAUGAGCAUAAGGGAGAUAUGCAAGGAGAUCUUCUGCACAACAUCAUGACCUAUUUCUUGCAGCUGAAGAUGGACGUUGUGGCACAGUGGAAAGUUUACUGCAGUAAGAUUUCGAGCAAUGAUUCAGCUGACUUCAACUGGAAGGAGGUGGAGAGUUUUGUGAAUACUACCUAUGAAAUUACCAACUGCAUCAGAAAUUAUGUUCACAAGGUCUUGGGUUUGGCUCAGCAGAACUGCGGCUCAGGGAUAGAGCUGGUCUGGACAUCUCUGGCCGUGGUGGUCAAAACUUGCCUGCUGCUGGACAUGUCAACCCACGGUCAGCUGAAGGCCAGAGGAGGGCAGGAGUCCCCUCAGCUCCUGAAGGAAGAGGCAGUAUGCAUCAGCAUCCUGGCCUUGUUCUCUUCAGUGGCAUUGUCAGAGAGGAAUGUGUUGUCAGAGGCUUGUCAGUGGAUUUGCCGUGUUGCACGGGACUACCUCAAAGAGAAAUGUAAGACAGAAGAAAGAUUCCAACAAGUCACGCAGCUCCUACAGGGGGAUUCAACGGCAAUGCUCAUUACCUCACCAAGCUGAAUGGGGGGGGGGUAAUCAAUUGAUUCCUUCAAGGUUGGCUUGUUCUUUCUUUGGGGGGAGGGGGCUGAUUUAGGUCAGUGUUUGUAAAUACACUUCCCUGUCUCUCCUGUCUGUUACCUCCCCUUCUUAUUUCCCCUCCAGACUGUGACCCAGUCUGUGAUCCAGUCCGUGGUUGUGCAUUCAAGUUGCUAUGAGCCUUAGCACAAAACUUAGUAAAGCAAGACAGUACCUCUCCGGUGGUUGUAAACUUUAGCCCUGAUUGCGACCCUCCAAAAGUCUGUUCUACAUGUAAAUCAGCCUGUAGGAGUAAACCAAAGAGUGGGGGGUUUUGCCUUUGAGAUAAUAAAUAAUUUAAAUUUUCAAUCAGAAAUGAUUAUGAAUUGUUUAAGAAACAAACAUCUUUUUACUUACAGACUCUCCAUCAUGCAAAACCUUAAAUUCUAACCAAGAUAUAACAAAACCCCUGGGGCACUUCAUUUCAGUAUUGUACCAUGGUGCUGUAUCAAACAGUCCGGUAGCACUGAAUUGGAUGAAACUGAAAUGAAAUUGAAACAGGUGAACGGGUAUCAUUUCCCAAACAUUCCUGCUCAAAAGCAUUUUUAAAGAAUAUCAAAAUAUGUUUAAAUACUCUUUUUUGAAAGAUAUAUGUAAGACAUCGGCAGCUGUAAUAUUUGUAAACAGUGACUACAUGUACUUUCAUUAUGUGGAUUUUUUAAUAAUGCACACCUACUUGGAAUUGGAGAUAAUUAAUUGUAAUGUUCCCCUAAUUCUUCAUCAUCCGUACUCUAUCGCACCUUCCAAGCAUUGCAACAUUUACCUGUUUUUGUCAGUGUUCAGUCAGAGAGAUAGAGGUUAAAACUGUUCAUCUUUGAAAUUUAUCAUUUCAUAAAAUCAUUGUUUUCAUUUAGGGACAGAGAUUAAUUUGAUUCACUGCAGCUUCAUGGCAUUUAUAGUUAAUGCAAUUAUCUUUUACUGGUUUUGUAUGAUAUUUUGUUGACGUGCAUUAUAUGCACCUGUAGUUGUUCGUCCUUACCCAAGCUUAGUUAAAUUCUUUACUAUUUGUAUAAUAUAAGUGACUUUUUCAAGUUCCCAGGGACAGUGUAUAGGGUUUCUUACUAAAAGGCACAUUUGAAAAACUCUUCAUGUAAGAUUGUCCGUGUAUGAAAUUUUCUUAUUAUUGGUUGGUACUCUGCCUCUGUAAGUCCUGAAAACCUGUUCUGAAAUAUUCAAGAGUUUAAAUUCUUCAGUGACUAUGAUGGUGUAAAUGCAUUCCAUUCAGGAAAAAAAAAGUGCCCUGCAAGAGGGACCUUUAUUAACACAAAUAUUGUGACAGUUUAUUUGCUAUCCUCUACAAUUCAAUUCCCAUUGUUGGGAAAUUUUGCUCCUUUUUGGGGGGUCCAACUUAAGAUUUGACAUGCACGGCAGUGGGGCCAACCUCUGCUCAGACACGACAUGGGCAGUUUGUAGAUAAAGAAAGGGCCACUUUCCGACACGCACACAAAAAAGAGCUUUUCUAAAAGUAAUUGAUGAUUGAAUUGAGUGUGUUUUCUUAUUGCCAAGUGACCGUGCCCGUGUUAAAAGCUUGCUCAGCCCCAUCAACAAUAAAUACAUGUUUACAGUCGCUUUCCCCUUGUCACAGAGUCUGUGUUUGGCAGAACACUUGCGCAUGGCUUUUAUAUUGUGCUCAUGUUUCAUGGAAUUUUUUUUUCUUUUUUUUCGAUUGAAAGUGUUGAUUUGAUUAUUUUGUCGCUGGAAUCUUCCGUUGACACAGGCAUGCAGAAAGAGGCCUCAAGGAGGAAAUAUAUUGCCCCAAACUGGCUGGUGAAUAUAUAGUUGUCUAAUUUGCUGGUUGGUCAUUUUGAAUGGGUUUCAUUGGAAUUGCCAAAGAAAAUUUUAUUGGUGCCUUGAAGAGCAGACUGUUGCAAUGAGAAGGCUCAAUUUAUGGAAAGAGAAACAGUUUGUCGUUGGAUGAAGAAUUGGAAUGAUUAUUUGAUCCUUCCCAUGCUAGAGCACCUUUGCUGCUCAAGAUCUUAAUUGAUUAUAUUCACUUUAAAGGUACAGUGUUACGUACAUUUGGAGCUUUCUGCAAAGAAACUGACAAACUCAUUGUUGGAAAGCAUACUUGGUUGAAAGAUAGUUAUGGUACUAAGUGCCCUGUGAAAUGAUUCUUUUUGGCAAGCUGUCAGGGUGAAGAAACAAUAAAAGAAGGCCACUUCCAACGGUGUGUCUUAAGAUUGACUAAGUGUCUUAAAAUUGACUAAGUGGGUCGUUUUUAAUUCGGUGUCCUGGACACUGAUUUUAGGCACAAUUAAAACAGGACUCUACAACCAACUUUUGAUUUGAAGCUGAGAUCCUAGAAUGUUGGUUUUUCUCGGAAUAUACAACAUUCUGUGAGUUCAAAUUUCAUAAGGUUAUAGUUGUAAAGCACCUUUCUUACAAUUUUGAAUACUAAUUUUGUUGCCUCAAAUUGACAUAAUUCCCAAAUGACGCACUGUACCUUUUUACAGAAAUUGCCAUGAAUGUAUUCUGAUAUUCCACAUUCUUUAUAGAAAUGAGAGUGAUUAGCAAACUUGUAUGUUUGUACAUGUAUUUAAUUAUAAAAAUGCUGCAAUUCCAUCACCCUAUAUAUAUACAAGUUUUGUGUACUUCUGGAAAGAUAAUGCGCCAGAAAGCAACACCACAAAACUGAUUGUAAAAAGUACUGGGUUUUAUACAAAAGAAUAUACAUGUAUGUAAAAUACAAGCUCUGUGUACAUUUUACUUACUAAUGUAUUUUACCUGUGCAUGUACAUGUAUGAUUAAACCUAAUUGGACAAAUUGAGGUGCAUCUUUCAGAUUUUAAGUUAAAAGACUGGGAGAGAAUUGUUUUGUACAUGUACCACUGAGCGCAUAGAUUUCUUGGACUAGAAUGGUUUUCAUGCAUGCAGUGUCAUUCCAUACUAGCCCAUCCUCAGCAGAAUUUUAUUGGACGAAACAAAACUUGCUGUAAAAUUUGUAGCUUUGUGCAGUCAGUCCCUUGCACACACUGAUUAAAUUGCCCGUAAAUGUGAGGGAAUUACUGCAAUAAGAAUGGACAGUUGCUUGUUGUUAAACACAUUGGUUACCUGGAAAUAUCAAGCAGCAGCUUUUUAACAUCAGUUCACGUAUCAGUUAAUAUUACUAGUCACUUGAUAGAAUCAAAGGUUUUUGAGUUGCAACAGAAACUAACACGUCAGUGUGCAGCCACAGAAAAUAUAAAUCUGCCACGUAGUAAAGAGACUAUUUUGUAUUUAAUUUUCAACAAUAAUUGAUUCAGAUGAACACAUUUUGUGAGCAGAUGUGUUGACAAGAAAUCAGUCUCCUUCAACACGGAAGAAAUAGUUCCGGCUGUGCAGACCAAAACUAUUUAACCACCGUAGAUUUAAACACACCUAGCAGCAUGUCAUUAUGUACAGCUUACUGCAAACCUCCAAUGUUUCUGAAGUAAUUUAACUUCAGAAAGCGAGGAAUCACUGGGUUUCAGUACUUUAUUCUAAUGCAUCCAUACUCAGUACAGUUUAUGUAAUCAGUACCAUGCUAUCAGGAUAAGCUCUUUGUUCCUUACCGUGUAUCACAUUAUACUGCUGAUUUGAUUAAAAUGUAGGUUUCUUGUUUUAUUGUGGCAAAUUUCCUCUUAAGAUUAUUUUUGUUAAGCAUGGAAUGUUGCAAAGGAUCGUAGGCCUUGCCACAAUUCUCUCUGUCCUUCAUGAAAUGUAAAACAAAGCAUAUACCAGUAGCAGUACUCAGCAGCUAAGGUAUUGCAAUAAACUGAAUAAACCUUUGUGUUUAGCUUUCUGUACACAACCAGAGAUGUGUAUAUUGUUUACGUGAAUCAUUUGUGAAAUAAGUGAAUACGAUUAAAAUUUAGAUUUGG